GUCAGAAACAUUUCCCAAUUUGUCCAUUUCAAUCGCACUUCUGUUUCAGCAAUUACGGAGCUGGACGUGUUCACUCGCCAUGUUCGUUAUAACCAUAAGGAAUUUGAUUUGGCUAUUCCUGGAGCUAAACACGUGACCAUCCUCAGAAAUCCAGUGUAUCAAUUCGAGUCUGCAUUUGUGUUUUAUGAGGUUGCUGACAAGCUUAACAUAUCAAAAUUUGAAAAUCCGAUGGAUAUGUUCUUUCAGAAACCACACGAGUACAUAUCUCAAAGGUUUUACCGAUGGGAGACUGUUUUUAAUCAUCAGUUGUUUGAUCUCGGAUUCGAUACCAAGCUAUCAAGUAGCCAAGAUGCUGUACAAUUUAAAAUUCUACAACUUUCAAACGAUUUUGAUUUAGUCAUGAUUUCAGAAUAUUUCGACGAGUCAUUAAUUCUAUUAAAACAACUUUUAUGCUGGGAUUUUGAAGACAUUUUAUAUUUAUCUAAGAAUAGAAGAAGCAGUUCCAGUCACUACCAAAUGACUAGUUCAUUAGUGUCAUAUGUUUCACAGUGGAACAAAGCAGAUAUGAAAUUAUAUAACCAUUUUAACAAAACAUUAUGGUUGAAAAUUAAACAAUAUGGUCACUAUUUUGUUAAGGAUUUAAGUGAAUUUAGAUCACGAUUAAAGGUUGUUAAUGAAAAAUGCAUAGAAGGCAGUAGGCAGAUCUAUAAGAAACGACGUGGAGAUACAGAAUUCGAAGAGUAUGAAUUGAGAAGUGAUCUGCCGGUUAGUGAUUUAACAUUCUGCCAAGACUUACUGAAAGCCCAUUCAGAUUUAUAUAAACUGUUAAAAAGGGACAUGAUAACCCGAGGUAGCAUAAGACAAUGAUUAGCCAAUAAAAUAUAGGAACAACCUCAUAUUAAAGUUAAAUAUUUAAAAAGAAGUAUUUUAAAUUAACAGAAUAUUCUGUGAAAAUUUGAAUUAUCGCUUUCUGAUAAGCAAACGCCUUAAUGAAACAUCUAAACCAUACUUAUUCCAAAUAUCGUUUCAUGGUUAAUCAACUGGUCAUAUUUAAUUUAUUUUUACGAAAAAUAAAGUGCAUGUGAUCAAUAAAUAUGAAACUAUGAAACUAUGAAUGAUAUUUGAGAUAUUCACGUUCGGUAUUCCUGAAACACGGCGAAACCAGCAUUAUCAAUUCUCUCUUACUA